AUUUCCACUAGUUUUGCUUCUUUUCUGGCUGGAUAUCCGUGCUUCGCCUCAGGCGUUUCAUUUCCCUUUUCCCUCUCCCUCUCCCUUUUCCUUUUCCUCCUUUUCCAACUUCGAUCCUACCCUCGACGCUCCCCUUUCUACCUGCUUCGUUUAAUGUGCUGUUCGGAAUUAUUUCUUGUUCGUCGCUGGAAUUUCCGCUGCAUCUCCUGACGAGUUCGCCGCGCGGCUCACUCACACCCUUACCCGCCCUGUAUAGAAUUUAUUGCGCUUCUUAUAUAAUCCUACGGUGUAUGUCGUCUACAGCGAAUAAUAAUUACGACAUUGCGAAAUUGCGAAAAAGUUGCGAAGCUCCCCCUGAUCCAACCCUGAGUUUGCCGUGCCGCAACAACAGCAUCGACAAAAUGAAACCUUCAAAGCUCCUCCUUUGUCUUGCUCCUACGGUAGUUCUGGCCGUCGAGUCGGAAAAAGCGCCAGCGGUUGCUCCCAGUCCAUCUCUACCGAAUAAUACUCCCCCUGUCCCUCUUCCCGCCGUCCCGAUACGUCCACAAGAUGAAUCGCCUCGGAUACCGUCAGAAGCGCAGAUGAUCCAUUUGCCAGUAGUCGAUGGGGUCACGUUGAAACCCGAGACGAUACCUAUCCCUCUUCUGAGCAGAACGAAGCUCUCCCUCCGAUCACUCAGGUCGUCCACGGGGUUGACCAAAUCACUCCGCGCUCGAAGUGAAGGCACACUGGGACAAACACCUUGGAUUGGGAUGGCAAUCGGGUUGACCUGCACCACCCUGGCAGCAGUAAUGCUGGGGUAACAACAUCUUUCACCGACAAUAUUCUACGCCUGUAUACGUUUUUUUUUUUUUUAUAACCUUCUACAUCUACACUCCUGAACGAUUCGCCGGUCGUCGCUGCUUUGCCAUCCCCGUUCUAAUUGCAUCUGGAGUUUUUUUUUUUUUUUUUUUUUUU